CUAACUACGACCAGGUUUAAUCAAAGAAGGCGGUGCAUAUCCUCUACGAGUAUGACUGUUUUAUUAUUCUCCAGUCCACCAUUGUCACCUACCUUCGUUUUCUAUAUUUCAAACUCUGUGCUGUUCACAUAAUCAUCUUUGCUAGCUGCCCAUAUUCCUCUUAUCGUCACGCCAUGGCCAUGCUUAGAGCUUUCAGCACCAGGAGAAGCCGUGGCGGCUACGAAAGGUUACUUGAAGUUGAAGUUGACGAGCCUGUCACGAGCACUGGUCACUUUGAAGCACAGCUGAAGAGGGCUAGAAGUGUGCCAGCUCGAGUUUUUGGUUUGUCAAGAAGGUUUACCCCGGCAUUGGCCUUGCCUGAAAAUUCUCAAGUGAAGUCGAAGUCGUCGUCGUCGUCGUCGUCCACCAAGAAGGUUACCAAGAGUCACCCACUUUUCAGCCUCUUCGAUGCUCGUCGUAAGAAGAAAACAACGGCAAAACCAGAAUUCGCGAGGUAUAUAGAGUAUCUCAAGGAAGGAGGGAUGUGGGACCUGAAGGCAAACAUGCCUGUGAUAUACUACAAAUGAACAGGUGUUUUCCUACUUAUUAUUGAGCCAAUUGCUCGAUUAUUUGAGAGACACAGGAUUUGAAUUUUUUUUUAAAUACGUACAUUGAUGGUUUAAUGUAUUAAAUGUUGAAAUGUAAUUUUUAUGAUUUUUCAUUAGUUUAUUUAAAUAGUUCUUUAAAUUUCCAGAA